ACAACCCUGUACCACUAACCACUAAUCCCAUGCGCGCCUGAGCCCGUGCAGAUCCUGUGCCCUCUUCUUAUUGUGAACCUGCCCGCGCAAACUUGCUGCUCUCCCACUUUCGCCGCCUCUCGACCUUCGCCCCAACCGCAAUUAAUGCUGCCGAACGUCUCUCGCCGUACCUCCUACCACCACAUCUUUAUCAAAGCCAUUCGGUCGGUCAAAUGGCGCUAGGCUUUGGCUCCAAACCCGAGAGGGCAGACAGCCCAUCCAACGACACCAAGGCCGCUGACGAAUUGUUCAACAAGGACGCUGAGAAUGGCGGACUUGAGAAACAGCGCCAGGGAAGCCGCAUUGAGGGCCCCGCCCGCCGUGAUAUCGACAGCAGCGAGGAGGAGAGCAUCACCGUGGGAAAGCAGAUCGAGCUUGAGGCCGGAAAUGCCAUCCAGUACCGCACCUGCAGCUGGCAGAAGACGGCCGCUCUGCUCUUCUCCGAGUACAUCUGCCUGGCCAUUAUGUCCUUCCCGUGGUCCUACUCCAUCCUGGGAUUGGUACCUGGCUUGAUCUUGACGUGCGUCAUUGCAGCAUUGGUACUGUACACAUCUUUGAUCUGCUGGGAGUUCUGCAUGCGCCACCCAGAGAUUCGCGAUGUUUGCGAUCUAGGCCAGAUGAUCUUCUACAACCACCGCUGGGCAUUCUGGUUUACGGCCGUUAUGUUCAUUUUGAAUAACACCUUCAUUCAGGGUCUCCACUGCCUCGUGGGCGCCAAAUAUUUGAACACCAUGACCGGGCACGGAAUAUGCACAAUCGGUUUUUCUGCCAUUGUAGCUGUCGUCUCCUUCGUCUGCUCCCUCCCACGCACCUUCGGUACGCUCUCCAAGGGCGCGACCGCCUCAGCCUUGUUCACUUUCAUCUCGGUCCUGCUCGCGACGAUUUUUUCUGGAAUCAUGGACCAUCCGAAGGGCUGGCCAGCCGAGACUGGGCCCAUUGAUCCGAUUGUCCUCGCAGUCCCUGCUGCAGGCACUACAUUCGUCGCGGGAAUGAGCGCCUUCAUGAACAUCAGCUACACCUUCAUCGGCCAGAUUACGCUCCCCAGUUUCAUUGCCGAGAUGAAGGAGCCCAAGGACUUCCCCAAGGCCCUCUGGGCCGUCACCAUCGCCGAGGUCAUCGUCUUUGGUCUCGUCGGCAGCAUCGUGUACGCCUAUACUGGUACCCAGUACAUGACCGCACCCGCCUUUGGUUCCAUCGGAAAUGAAGUCAUGCUGAAGAUCUCGUUCUCCUUCAUGAUCCCGACCAUCAUUUUCCUAGGCGUUUUGUACGCCUCCGUGUCCGCACGCUUCAUCUUCUUCCGCUUCUUCGGCGGUACCUACCACAUGGGUAGCCACACCGUAGUCGGCUGGGCCGCCUGGGCCGCCAUCCUCGCUGUGCUCUGGUUACUGGCUUUUAUUGUCGCGGAGGUUAUUCCCUUCUUCUCGGACCUGCUGUCUUUGAUGAGCUCGCUUUUCGAUGCUUUCUUUGGCUUCAUCUACUGGGGCGUUGCAUACUUCCGUAUGCGCGAGGCCGACUACGGACGCAAUUACUUCAAGAACCGCGGUAUCCGCGGCUGGGCUGGCUUCCUCUUUAAUGUGGGCCUGUGCUGCGUGGGUCUAUUAUUUUUGACUGGGGGAACGUACGCAACGGUGCAGAGCAUUAUCGACGGGUACAAGGCGGAUAACUUUGGCGGAGCAUUUACAUGCCAGGACAACGGCUUGUAGAGGAAGAAAAGAAUCGCGGGUGGUCUUGGGUAUACUAAUUUUUUGGGAUUAUUUUGUGAAUUUGCGUGUUUGGGCGUAAUCGGUAAUAAGGGAUCAAGACGAGCUCCUCGCAGGAAUGCAGCCUGCGGCGGCCGAGUCGGUAAACAUGUACGGUUUAUUGCUAUGACU